GAAAAUACUACAGUUUACUAUAUAAUCAAUCUCUUAAUUUUUAAAAUUAUAUCCUAUGUAGAUAAGUUCAUCUCGUUCUUUUGACUUUCAAGACAAAAUUUUACUUCUUUUAUGCCAAACAACACUACAAAAAAUUAUUUACCGAUAAAAACCUAUUAAACUUUUUGAGUUAAUACCUAUAAAUUUAUACAUCUGACAAUUGAAUAUGGGCCGUGUAAGAACUAAGACAGUCAAGCGUGCUGCACGUCAAAUAGUCGAGAAAUACUAUGGAAAACUUGGAUUAGAUUUUCAGUACAAUAAGAAGGUCGCAGAGGAAGUCGCCCUGAUCCCCUCAAAGCGUAUGAGGAACAAAGUCGCUGGCUUUAUUACGCACUUGAUGAGGAGGAUUCAAAAGGGACCAGUUAGAGGAAUCUCUCUAAAACUCCAGGAAGAGGAGCGUGAAAGAAGGAUGGAUUACAUUCCUGAAAAGUCUGAACUCGAAGUCCCAGUAAUUCAAGUGGAUCAGGACACCGCUGAUAUGUUAAACUUUUUGAAGAUUUCUCUUCCGAAUCUCAAAGUUAUGUCAUUUAACGCUCACGAACAUCGUGAAAGACACUAAAUAGAAUAUUCUAAUUUUAUCUUUGUGUAA